CCCAGUGAUGGAGGCAGGCUGUUAGUUUCUCCAGCAGCCGCAGAGCGACCAGGGUGGCCCAUGGAUGUGCCAGAGAGCCGGACGGGUGGCCCCACUGCAAAAAUGUACCUCUGGGACCAGCUGGAGGAGGGGAGUCUGGGGACGCUGCUGAGCUUGGAGGAGCAAAUACUCAACUCUACGUUCGAAGCUUGUGACACCCAAAGGACAGGCGUUGUGGCUGUGACCCAUGUACUAGCCUACCUGGAGGCUGUGACGGGACAGGACCCCCAGGAUGCACGCCUCCAAACACUGGCCUGCAACCUGGACCCCAAUGGGGAGGGCCCUCAGGCCACUGUGGACUUGGACACCUUCCUGGCCGUCAUGCGGGACUGGAUCGCUGCCUGUCAGUUGGAUGGGGGAUUAGAGCUGGAAGAGGAGACAGCCUUGGAGGGGGCCCUGACCUCCCAGCAACUGCCAUCUGGCUGCCCAGAAGCCGAGGAGCCAGCCAACCUGGAGAGCUUCGGAGGCGAAGACCCCAGACCUGAGCUGCCCACCACCGCCGACCUGCUGAGCAGCCUGGAGGACCUGGAGCUCAGCAACCGCAGGCUGGCCGGGGAGAACGCCAAGCUCCAGCGCAGCGUGGAGACGGCCGAGGAGGGGUCCGCGCACCUGGGGGAGGAGAUCUCGGCCCUGCGCAAGCAGCUUCGCAGUACCCAGCAGGCUCUGCAGUGUGCCAAGGCUGUGGAUGAGGAGCUGGAGGACCUGAAGACUCUGGCCAAGAGCCUGGAGGAACAGAAUCGCAGCCUCCUGGCCCAGGCCCGGCAGACGGAGAAGGAGCAGCAGCAGCUGGUGGCCGAGAUGGAGACUCUGCAGGAGGAGAACGGGAAGCUACUGGCUGAGCGGAAUGGAGUCAAAAGGAGGAGUGAGGAGCUGGCCACGGAGAAGGAGGCUUUGAAGCGGCAGCUCUAUGAGUGUGAAUGCCUCAUUUGCCAACGAGAUGAUGUCCUCUCGGAGCGCACUCGCCACAUGGAGAGUCUGGCCAAGACGUUGGAGGAGUACAGAACGACGACCCAGGAACUGAGGCUGGAAAUCUCACACCUGGAGGAACAGCUGAGUCAGACCCAUGAGGGGCCAGAUGAGCUACCGGAAGGGGCCCAGGUGAGAAGAGUGGGCUGGACCAGGCUGCUGCCCCCAUCACUGGGCGUGGAGAUCGAGGCCAUUCGGCAGAAACAAGAAGUGGCAGCCGCCGCUCUCGCCAGCCCUCUGUGUGGCGUGUGGCAGUGGGAGGAGGUCAUCAUUGAGACGGAUGAGGAAGUGGAAUUUCCGCCUGAAGCCCCAACUGGGGCACAGAGAAACUUGCAGGGAGAACCAGUGCACCCUCAGGGAGGAAGGAAGGAGCGAUCGAUGUGGUUGCCCAGAAGAGAGGAAGAGGAGGAAGCAGAGCCCCAGAUCACGGCCAAUCUCCCCAGCCUUCUGGGGGACCCUCACCCUGAAGAUGUUCCAGGAAGCCCUCCUGAGAGCCCUGCCGGGCCCGAGCCGCGGCAAGCCCUGGUGCCUGUGCGGAAAGAGCUGGUCCCAGUCAGGAGGCCGGUCUCGGGCCAGCUCUGUCUGCCCCCGCUGCAGCCCCAGCUGCUCAGGGUCGCUUGGCCCCCGCUGACCCCGGCACGCCUCCUGGGCCUGCUGCUGCUCCUGCUGUUCUCCCUCCUGCUGCUGGGCCGGUCCCCGCCCCCCACCUGGCCCCACCUCCAGCUCUGCUACCUCCAGCCACCCCCUGUGUGA